GACACGAACGAGGAAGGGUUUUGAUUCUGAUGACAGAUGGUGUCCCUUUCAGUGAUGAAGAGUCAAGAGAAGAGAAGAAACAGCUGACAAUCGACCAAGGAGAGAAGAACCAUGCUGUUGGCAUAACAACUUUGGUUGUUCAGGUGCGGAAUAAAAUAGAAAAGAAUGAUCUUUUACUGGAUACAGCCUUCCAUGAUAUAUUUGAAAAAUUGGUUUCAAAAGAGGCAUGGUACAUCAGGGUUUCCGCAGAAACAGAAAUUGAAGAAGUUGGCAUAUUUUUCUUUGGUGAUCUGGUUAAAAAAUUCCCAUGUUCCUAUCGGUGCACAAAAAAGAUUGACCUCUGCUUAGUGUUGGACAGAAGCAUUAGUAUCAAAAGCGAAGACAUUGCUAAAGCAAAGGACUUUUUAAAAGAACUAUCCGAUUCGUUUCUGAUCACCUAUGAUGAAAAUUCUGCAAUUCACUGGCAGGCAGCUAUGAUUGGUGUAAGCAGCUACAAUACAAGAGUCUACCAGCAUGUAUUGGGACAUGAAUGUCGUGAUAAUGCCUGUGUUCGUGAUGAAAUCGAUGCCAUCCCAAACACAAAUGCUGACUUUACCGAGACUGAUGAUGCACUCGAAAAUGUGCUAGCUCAAUGCUUAUCAUUAGAUAAUACCCGUGGUGGUGGAAUCCCAAGAGUGACAAUGUUGGCUAAUGACGGUAAUACUUGGGAGACAGGAACUACCUACAUCAAUUCUAAAAAGACUAUCAAAGUUGCUGAUAAGCUGAAGAAGAAUGGCAUUGAUACAGACGUGGCAGGAUUGCCAAAUCAUGAAGACAAUGUUGGGAUCGAUGAAUGGAAGGCUAUCGCGAGUAAUUUCAUCUUUGAUCUGCGAGUGAAGCCUGACUCUGACUUCAAACCUGACUUUGAUGACCUGAAGCCUAUUGUUGGAAGAGUGGCAAGAUUAUUAUGUGAAAAAUACGGAGUUGAAUAAAUUGAAAAACAUACUUUUAAAAUAUGCUCAUCGUUAAUAUAA